GCCGGCGGGCUGCCUCGGCCGUCGCUGCGGGGAGCGGGCGGUGGGCGGGCUGCGUGCGCGGCCGCCGCCUCUCCAUGGCGAAGAGCAAGUUCGAGUACGUGCGGGACUUUGAGGCGGACGACACCUGUCUGCCCAACUGCUGGAUAGUGGUCCGGCUGGACGGCCGCAACUUCCACAGGUUUUCUGAGCAGCAUGAGUUCAAAAAGCCAAAUGAUGAUCGUGCUCUUCAUCUGAUGACCAAGUGUGCCCAGACAGUGAUGCAAGAAUUGGAGGAUAUUGCUAUUGCGUAUGGACAGAGUGAUGAAUAUAGUUUUGUUUUCAAAAAGAAGAGUAGGUGGUUUAAAAGAAGAGCAAGUAAGUUCAUGACUCAUGUGGUCUCCCAGUUUGCCUCAAGUUACGUAUUCUAUUGGAAGGAUUACUUUAAGGACCAGCAACUUCUGUACCCACCAGGAUUUGAUGGGCGAAUUGUGCUGUAUCCCAGCAACCAAAAUUUAAAGGACUACCUCAGCUGGAGACAAGCAGACUGCCAUAUUAAUAAUCUUUAUAAUACAGUGUUUUGGAUGCUUGUACAGCGAAGUGGUUUGACACCAGUGCAAGCACAGGACAGACUCCAGGGAACCUUGGCUGGAGAUAAGAAUGAAAUCUUGUUUUCUGAAUUCAACAUCAACUAUAACAAUGAACCUUCGAUGUAUAGAAAAGGAACUGUCUUAAUAUGGCAGAAGAUUAACGAAGUCAUGACUAAGAAAAUAAAACUGCCAAAGGAGGCGGAAGAAAAGGAAGUUGAAGUGACUCGGACUAGGACUAAAGUUGUUCCCCUGCACUGUGACAUUAUCGGGGACCAGUUCUGGGAGGAAUAUCCUGAAAUUCUGGCUGAGGAUAGUUGAUAUCUCUGAUGAGUAUAACUGGUAGUUUACGUUUUGCUCUGCUUGGAUUGUUGGCAAGUGAGGAGUAUGAAUGGUGGCUGGCAGAGUUUAACCUGUAACCCUCUUCAACAACUACAUUGGUUUUAACACUGUUGUUGCCUGAAAGAAAAGACACUGGUAUGUUGUCUGACAUACAUGGAUAUGCCUAUAUGGAAAACCUGAAAUCAUAUUAUAUUUUGAAUAUUAAGAACUCGUCAUAAAU